UCUGAGGUGAACGUACCAGCUCUAAAUAGCUGCUGAUGUCCUUUAUCAGCAAAGGAAGUUUGACCAGGAAACUAAAACAGUUAAAGUGUCGCAGAAGAGAAGGAGAGGAUGUUAAAAUCACCGUUCUCUGUGUUUCUCUUCUGUUUGCUGGGACAUCUGGACUGUACAGUUUCCCAGCAUGCAUCUAGGGUGCAGGUGUAUGAGGGGGCGGAGUUUGUCCUGCUGCCCUGUCAGGUACCAGCUGAUGUUUCCAGUGACUCCACAGCUGUGGUGUGGAACCGUGAUGAGUUCACGAUCCCAAUGGUCCACAAGCGUGUGCAGAGCAGUGACGAUCUUACAAACCAAAACCUUCGUUACCUCGGUUGAACAUCAAUGAGAGCCACCGCUCUGCAGACUGGAGACCUCAGCCUCACUCUGAGGAACCCCACAGUCUCUGACAGUGGAACCUAUACCUGCACCGCCCGCAAGACUGGAGACAAUCUGAAGGAGAUCCAUGUGCAGCUGAAGGUCUCAGAACCUCCUCCCCGCUGGCCCAUAGUUGUGGCAUUCGUGGUUCCUGUGCUCCUCCUGGCUGUUAUCUUUGGUGCCCUCGUGUACCAUGCAAAUAAUAAAGUAAAGAACAGAGCAGUCUCCAUGCUGAAAGCAGAGAAGGUGACAGAGGGGGCGGAGUAUAUCAAACUGCUCUGGGAUAAGAGUGAAGUUCCGCCUGCUGCUGUCAGAGUGAAGUGGACACGUGAACAACCCGAACAUGGAGAGAUCUGUGAGUGUGUGAAGGAUCAGACGGGUCAGUGGAAGCUCGAGUCUGGUCCUGUUUAUAAAGGUCGUGUACAGAUGGAUCAGCUGACUGAAGGAGACUUCACCCUGACUCUGAUGAAGCCUCGCUGUGAUGAUGGAGGUGUUUACUUGUUUGUCGUCUACGGCCAGGAUGGAAAACCCAUUAAAAUGACAGUAGUGGUGCUGUGGGUCAAAGAGACCUGGUGGAAAAUCAUCACAGGCUUGUCUGAGAGGAGAACCCUCGACACUGAAGAAAAGUGCAGCAGUGAGACGCGAGAAACAUUCCAGGCAUAGCGGACAGCCCAGGCAGUGGUUGAGGUCAAAGGUCAAGCUGGUUGGGGCCCAUCAUGAGAUCAGACCUUGGAGCCACAGCAAGGACCAUUUCAACUGCCUGCAAAAUAGCGAGAGACCCUCCUGGAUUUAUCAGAGCCACUGCAAAGAGGUCGAGGUCCCAGGAAACCCCGGCACCCCCAAGACAGCACAAUAGAGAAAUCUCACACUUGGUUGUUUCAGUGGUGAGGGGGGAGUGCUGAUUGAGCCCCCGUAGGGUAAGCUCGCACUUCAACCUCCAGCCUCUGAUCAACUCUAGGGCAACCAAGUGCGAGGCGUGACGCACCUGUGUGCAACCAUGGGAAGGUGGACCCUCUUGGUUACCUUGACUACGACGCUCACCUUUACAGGACCCCAGCUGGUGCCGGAAUCAGCUGAACCAGGAGGAAGGCAGAGAGGAUGGACACAUGACAACUCUCACCUAAGAGACAUGAUGCAAGACCACAUCCCUCCAUGGAUGAAUAAUGCCUGGUACCGUUAUAUCCACGACAGAACAAAGGCAGAAUCGGCAAAUACAGACUAUUAUGUCUGUUCCCAUCUACCCAGCACGGCAACAUACCCCACACUAUAUAUGUUCCUGGACCAACUCUCAGGGAAGAACUACUCUAUGAUAUUAGCAGAGAAAGGGGACUUUGUGUCCUCUUCAACAACACAUGCUGCAUUUACAUAAAGAAGACGCACAUUCAUCAAACAUGACUGACUGAAUGUUUUGAGACAGAUCCAGCAGGCCCAAAAUCAGGACUAUCCAUGACGAAAAGGAGUGCCUGAGAGGAUCGUCCACAAGAUGGGAGCUGAGGCCAGGAGAGAGACUUCAGGAGGAUCAGAGAUCAUCUUCAGCACAGCAGACAUCACACAGAGAGCUGUGCUACUGAGCUUCCAGGAGAUCAAGAGGAGACUUCCCACAGCAAGAUUUUAAAUACAAUGAAAGAUUCAAUGUUGACGCUGAGGAAGACAACUAAGGUGUACGACGUGCUCUGCCUUAAACCUUCAGCAGCGUUGGAAGGAGUCUAAGGAUGACAUCAUGAUUCUG